AUGGCUAAGACUCCAUACAAGUAUAUACCGCUGGACUCGACCAAAGAGGAGAUACGGCUCCUAUAUAAACCAAAAAGCGAUGCCAAAGCGGGCCUCAUCAAGUACUCCCUCUGCAACGUCUCGCUCCAGGACACACCCGAAUUUACCGCUCUUUCGUACCACUGGGGCCGGCAGAGCCAUGACCGUCCUAUCACUAUCAACGGAACGCGCACGCACAUCACACAAAAUUUGGAGACUGCUCUACACCAUGUUGAUGGUGGGAUAUGGCUCAUCCAAGCCGUACCCUGGUUUUAUCGACUUUUCUGGCUCUUCAUCUCCGGUGGAUUCCCCGACCACACCGCAGACUCCGAAGUGAUGAGUCGGCUGAUAACUACGUUCUACAAUUUUGGCGGCCCAGUGCCCACCACGAUUCUCGAUCUUCGGAACAGAUCCCAACACAACUCGGAAUUCAGCUUGCGAAGCUUCCUUGGCCUUACGAACAUUGUCUCGUGUGGAUAUGCGCGCGGUAUAGAUGCAAGCGAUGACCGCGACCGUGCAUACACGCUGUUGGGCGUUACCACCGACGAUGCUGCAAGAGACAUUGUACCAGAUUACACGCUGUCUUGUCACGACGUAUAUAUCAGGACCGCCCAGGUUUUGCUGAGGCACGGGCACUACGAUAUCCCCUCACUAUGUCGAGGUCAGGAUCGUAAUUACAGUUUGCCCUCAUGGGUACCUGACUGGUCUACUGUAAUGGAGCAACCGUGA